CCCCGCUCACUGCUCAGCUCUGUGUUGGUGUGAAUGAAUGAGAGAGGGGGUGUGAAUAAGUAUGACUGUGCUGGGCUCAGCCUGAUUUACGGCUCUGCUGAAAACAGCUUUCCUUGCAGCUUCAGCAACAGCAGCAGCAACAAGUGAGCAUUCAGAGAGUAAUGCAACAGGACACUUUUGAAGAAAGCCUACACCCCUGGCAGGAGUCAUUUGAAAAUGUCAGUAUCUGCAUGCCAUUUCGUUGCCCACGAUGUGGUGACCACACUAGAUUCAGAAGCCUUUCUUCUCUGCGGGCACAUCUGGAGUAUGCUCAUAGCUAUGAAGGAAGAGGUCUUCUGACAAAAUGCAAUUUAUUUUCAUCCUUCAAAGGUGCAGAUCUGCUCUCUUCCUCAGAGACCACGAUUCAAGGAAAAGUGGGAGACCCUAGCAAUGCAAUAAUACAAAAAUCAUCCUUCAUACAUUUUUGUGACACGUCUCACGAGAACCCAAAGAACAGCCAAUCCCUGGAGGCGGAAGCUGAAAGACCUGUCUCUUUUGUGGCAAAUUAUAGGUCUGCAGACUUCAUAGAUGAGCAGAUUUCUAAGCCUGGGGUUCCAACAACAGACUCCAAAUCCUCUUUUGAGGCACAUGUGCGAGAAAAGUUUAACAGGAUGGUAGAAGCUGUAGAUAAAACAAUAGAGAAGAGAAUUGACAAGCUUACCAAAGAGCUGGCCCAAAAGACUGCUGAGCUGUUGGAAGUUCGGGCAGCUUUUGUGCAGCUGUCUCAGAAGAAACAGGAAGUUCAGAGACGAGAGAGGGUCUUGAACAGACAGGUGGAUGUUGCAGUUGAGAUGAUUGCUCUGCUGAAGCAACGUCUUACAGAGUCUGAGGAAGAACUUCACAGGAAAGAAGAAGAGGUUGUUAUUUGUAACCACUUUCUUGAAGAGGCAGCUGAGAAAGAGGUCCAUGGGAAAGCCAGGCUCCAAAACUUCAUUGAGAAUUUGUUGCAACGGGUUGAUCUAGCAGAAAGACAACUAGAAUAUUAUCAACAUCAGCAGAUAAUGUGCAAUUAUAAUGAUGUCAGUGAGCACAUGGUAAGUACACAAGACAGUCACCUAAUGAAUUAUACUGUAGUUCAGUGCUCCAGGAAAAGUACCUGAAUUUGAAUGUGAAUACAUUCAUCAAGACUGAAUAACUUAGAACCCAAUCAGAUUUGAACUUGUAAAAUGUUUGUCUUUCUGUGAUCUUUUGUUUUAUUUAUGUCUCAGUAAGGGGAGAUCAAACACUUCUGAAUAUUAUAGAAAUCUGAAAAGUUUUGAGUCAUCUUUUAUUUCAAACUUUAAUAUUCUAUUUUAAUUAUAUGGUAAGCAAGUUUAAAUACAAACAUAAGGUAAUGAAUUUCAUGUGAUAAUUAAAAGUAGUGGAAGAAAAAGUGCCGUUUGCUUUAUACAUUCACAACUGCCACAAAUUGCUGGUAGGGGAGCAUUCUGCACUUAAAAUUAAAAAUUCUGCACACAAUAUUUUAAAAAUCUGCAAAAUUCUGCAUUUUUGUCAGCACAACACAAUAUAAUCAAACUGGUUUCAAUUAUUUUAAACUACAAUAAAAUGGAUGGAGAAUUGAAGUGGAGAGCAUUGAGGAAAAUGCUCAGACUCUCUCUAUCCAAUAGUAAUGACCUUUUACUUCUAAACUUAAAAAACAACAAACAGUCUGGUAUCACUUUAUAGACUAACAAAACAUAUAGAUGAUAUCAUGAGCUUUCAUGGGCACAUUCCACUUCUUCAGAUGACCAGAGUUUUUGCUUCUAGUUAUUAGUCAACAAAUAUAUACAGCCAUCUGCUCAGUAUUGUAUCACAGGCAAGUCAAGAGCAAGUGAAGGCAGGGUACUCAAACUCUCAAUUUAUACUGGCUACCGACUGUCUCCAGAAAACUCGGUAGCCAACAGUUCAUGGAGCAGAUUUUGGUAGGAAAUGUUUACGAUCGAAAAAUUUAGACCAGUUCUAAUCACUGAAGCAUCAUAAGCACUUACAAGGCCACUCUGGCAAUGCUUUUACACCUAUUUUGUACUCCUGAGGGAAUUCACUAAGAACAAUUUACGAAGCAGGCAAGGUACUAUGUUCUGUCUACCUGAGGGAACAGACUGCCCUUCAUCUACCUCUUCAUAAAUGUACCAAAAUUCUGCCCCUCCACACUGAGCAUGCUGCAAUAGCAAGCAAGAGGGACAGUGUGUUCUCCACAUGCUGGUAAUUUACAUCUCUGCCAGCUGCUCCAGGUGCUCAAACCCAUCUUCUUGCACUGCUGGGAAGGGGAUGCAUGGCCUCUUCUCUUUGGUACCCCCAUCAGAAAUCAUUUUUCUGUGCAGAAACAAAAAAAACCUGCAAGAGCCAUGAAUUCUGCACCUGCAUAGUGAUGCAGAAUUUCCCCAGGUGUAACAAAAUGACUGUAAAUAGUUAUUUCUGGAAAUAAAUGCAUUAGAUACCACUCCAAAAAUUACUAGUAAAUGGACUGGCAAUGCUUCAUGUCUAUCAUUCUUUGAUCUCUAUCUGGGAUUGAUCACUAAUGAUACCUUUGUAAUGUGGAAAUACAGGCCACAUUUAAAUCAAUGUGAGUUAGUUGUCAUUCUAUGAGGAUCUGGGCCACAGUCCUUGAGAAUUAGCAAAAGAAUAUCUACAAGUUACUAAGCAACCAAUAGAUGGUAACUCCUACCCACCUGGAGUGUAUGCAUAGCUUUAACUUAUCAGUAAAGCUGAAAGAGUAGCUGUUAUUUUGGUUCAAGAACUGAAUAAAAAAAAUCCCUCCUUUACAUUUUGGCUCAUUUAAAAUCAAAAUGGAUGUUUUCAGGGUUUUUUGGGGGUUUUUUUUUGACAAAAUGAAAAAAAUUUAAAUUAUUUUGGGUCAAAAAUCUUAUGAAACGUAACUGAAAAAUGAUAUUUUGUUUUUUGAGCAUUUAUUUUCACCCUUUGUUUCAAAUACAGUUCAAUUCUUAAAUAAAACAUUGUUUCAAAUGUCAGGGUUUUUUUUGGCUGAAACUAUGUCCCAGAUUUGAUGGAAAUUCAAAAAUGCAUUUUUGGACAAAUUUACCAUAUGCAGAAAAAAAGUCACUUAUCUCUAUCUAACAGUGAAAAACUCACCAAUGACUUGAGUUGAAGUAUCCAUAAAUGCAGCGGUACUGUACAGAUAUUUAUGCAAAGUAUUAAGAAUUUCACUGUUUUUUAAAGAUUUCAAUACUAUUCAGUGAUGUGGAUGGGAGAGCAACACAUGUAGAAGUUCAGCCUAUCCCAGUCCCAUUCCUCUCCUGCCAUUCAGCCAGAACUGCAUUUUCUUUUUAAACAAAUGAUGAGCCUGGGCUCCUCAGUGUUAACAGGUACACACAGCCUACCUCCCUGCACUGCUGCCUCUGUAUGAUCAUAGAAU